AUGGCAGAGAAAGUGGUGAGCAUGAGAGAAGGGGAGGCAGAAUUAACGAACCAGCACCUGAAGGAGAGGAAGGCGUCAUGGGCUAAGUUGCGCCGCGUGGACUCUCUCAGUUUAGAGGCUGGAAGAGUUUCCACGACCCGGAGCCAUGGCUCACAGGUAAGUUGGCAAAGAACGUUGAGUUUGGCGUUUCAGAGCAUAGGGAUUGUGUAUGGGGACAUAGGGACGUCUCCGCUCUACGUGUUUUCGAGCACCUUCACAGAUGGUAUUGACAACGUCGAUGACAUUCUAGGGGUAUUGUCUCUCAUCAUCUAUACCAUAGCUCUCGUGCCCAUGCUCAAGUAUGUCUUCAUCGUCCUCUGGGCCAACGAUAACGGCGAUGGGGGAACGUUUGCACUGUAUUCAUUGAUGUGUCGGUACGCGAAGGUGAGCUUAAUUCCGAAUAACCAGCCAGAGGAUAGGGAGCUAUCCAACUAUAAACUGGAAAGACCAUCCGACGAGUUAAAACGAGCCCAAACCAUCAAGAAGAAGUUGGAGAAUAGUAAGAUGGCCCAAUACGUUCUAUUCCUUGUGACCAUUAUGGGAACUUCCAUGGUCAUUGGAGAUGGGGUUCUUACUCCAUGCAUUUCAGUCCUUUCUGCAGUGAGCGGGAUUAAGUCUUUAGGCACAGAUGCUGUUGUGGGGAUUUCCAUAGUAAUCUUGAUCGUUCUCUUUUCUGCUCAACGAUUUGGGACUGAUAAAGUGGGCUACACCUUUGCACCUAUUAUUCUGCUGUGGUUCUUGCUCAUCAGCGGCAUUGGUCUCUACAACUUGUUCGAACAUGACAUUGGCGUAUUGCGUGCUUUCAACCCAAAAUACAUCAUAGAUUUCUUCAAAAGGAAUGGAAAAAAAGGAUGGGUUUCCCUUGGGGGAGUUUUCCUCUGCAUUACUGGGACUGAGGCCAUGUUUGCUGAUUUGGGUCACUUCAAUGUCAAAGCAAUCCAAGAGGAAAAGGUUGCACUUGCAGGUUGCACCAUAAAUGUGUGCAGAUCAGUUUUCUCUUGCAUCACAUUUCCUGCAUUAAUAACUGCAUAUAGUGGGCAAGCAGCAUUCCUCAGAAAGUUCCCAGGGAAGGUGGAGGACACAUUCUAUGACUCAAUACCAGACCCUUUGUAUUGGCCAACUUUCGUCAUCGCCGUAGCUGCUGCUAUUAUUGCCAGUCAGGCUAUGAUAUCUGGGGCAUUUGCAAUCAUCUCCCAGUCCCUAAGUUUGGGUUGUUUCCCGAGAGUUAAGGUUGUUCAUACCUCUGCCAAGUAUGAGGGUCAGGUGUACAUACCUGAGAUCAACUACCUGCUUAUGGUUGCUUGUGUUAUAGUCACUGCAGCAUUCAAGACCACCGGAAAGAUUGGCAAUGCAUAUGGAAUUGCUGUGGUCAGUGUUAUGGUCAUCACAACAUGUUUGCUUACUCUGAUUAUGUUGGUGAUAUGGAAGACGAGCAUAUGGUUGAUUGGUCUGUUCUUUGUGGUGUUCAUCUCCAUCGAGGUGGUUUAUUCGUCCGCCGUGCUGUACAAAUUCGCGCAAGGUGGUUUCCUUCCACUGGUCUUUGCUUCUGUCCUUAUGGCAAUCAUGGGGAUUUGGCAUUAUGUGCACAAACAAAAAUACAUGUUUGAGCUCAACAACAAGGUUUCCACAGAAUACAUGAAACAACUGGCCUGUAACCCCAACAUAAAUAGGGUGCCAGGCAUUGGACUUCUAUAUUCUGAGCUUGUGCAGGGAAUUCCCCCUAUAUUUUCUCACUUUGUCAACAAUGUACCCUCCAUCCACUCUGUUAUAGUGAUUGUCUCCAUCAAGCCUAUCCCGUUCAGCAAAGUUUCACUGGAGGAGAGGUUUCUGUUUCGACAGUUGGAGCCAAGAGAGUACAGAAUGUUCCGCUGUGUAGCAAGGUAUGGUUACAAUGACAGAGUUGAGGAACCUGAAGAGUUCGAGCGCCAACUGGUUGAGAACUUGAAAGAAUUCAUCCGCCACGAAGUUUACGAACACUUCGUAAUUGAUGGAGGAGCAACAGAGAAAACAGAGGAGGCAGGGAAAGAUGGGGAGUCAUUCAAUGGUGAAGAAUCAGCACAACAAGUUAACAUGCCUCGGGUCUCAACGGGGUCCAUUCAGUCAUUCAAUGCUGCAAGGUCGGUGAACUCAUCCAGCAGAAUUGUCUCUGCACCCAUCAAAGGAGCUGAGGAGGAAAUUCAGUAUGUGCAAGGAGCUAUGAAGGACGGCAUAGUUUAUCUGCUGGGAGAGACAGAAGUGUUGGCCGCACAGAACUCGUCAUUGUUCAAGAAGUUUGUUGUCAACUAUGCCUACGAUUUCUUGAGGAAAAACUUCAGGCAAGGGGAACAAGUCAUGGCAAUCCCAAGGACUAGGCUCCUCAAAGUUGGAAUGACGUAUGAGAUAUGA